GUCAUGGAAACCACUAAGGUCCUGGAGAAGACUGAACCAAGCCCUGUUGUAUCUGCAUACUCUGGGGCCUGCCACGAGGACUCCCAUGUCUGUGACUUCCUGGAGACCCACUUCCUAGAUAAGGAGGUGGAAUUCAUCAAGAACAUGGGCGACCACCUGACUCAGCUCCACAGGCUGGCGGUUCCCAGUGGGUUCUGGAAUCCGAGUUAUGAAGGCCACAGUGAAAAAAGAAACUCCUCACCCGUAUCUAUGUGCAAACAUAAGAAAAACAUGCAUAGUAGUCUGUGCCUUGAGGUUUCACCAGAACGUGUGCUUCGACUGUGUGGGAGCAGACUCUGUGAGCCAACCAUACCCCUGGUGACAGAGAUGACCCAUAGGAGCGAAGAUGUUUCUGUUUAGGGACUUACAGACGUUUGGAUUUGAAACUGGGAGGAGUCUGAGGGAAGACUGUACAUCGUUAUUCCCUCCACUUCCGCAGCUAAACUUUUCCGAGCACCAGCGAGCCGCCCGAUUACUUAGCUGGGAGAACUUACCUGCUUUGUUUAGCAUGAGAUUUCCAAAGACGGGAAAUAAAAGUUUAUAUGAAUCUUUUUACAACCAUGGUUUUGGAGAAAAACUGUAACCUCCAGGGUGAUGGCCCAUCUUGCAGUGAAUAGUCCAUCGGAGGACAAGCCAUCAGCUCCUGUGUUGCCAGGCACUGCCACGGAGGCUUAGCUCCGAAAGGGAGCAUUCUGGUAGGAGUGACCUUGAAUGUGACCUCUCCUGGGCAGGCCGCGUGGACGCUCUGGCCUUCCUCGCUGAACACCCCAUGGGGAUGGCAUGUCUAUGGUGGAUGGAGUCCCUGAUGGAACCUGCGGGAAUCCGUAAGUCUCCAGGAAGAAGAUGCACUCUUGCCUUUGGGCUCUGACAAUAACCGUUGAGCGCAAGGUGGGAGGAGGAGGUGGCUCUCCCACAACCGCGCAAAUCCACCCGCCGAGGGGGUCAGGCUCCCCGGGAUGAACUUGCAAAGGACAGAGGAAUCGACGGGUUUUUAAAGGGAGCCAUCCUUUAUCCCACACUGAGGGGCACAUUCAGAUGGUUUUUCCACUGAGUUUGCCCAGGAUGAUGGGAUGAGAAGCCAGCAAGCUGAGCUGGCACAGCCGUCUUGCGAGGGGCGAUUGGCAGCCUGGCCUGGGAGCUGUGUGACCUGGUUUCUCUCUUCCCCUUUCAACUUCCUUUUCAAUGUUUCUGCUUCUUCACCUCAGAGCUGGAUGUGCCUCCCCCACCUUGCCUCCAGGGAUGACGUGGUCAGUGUUAAGGUAACUCACCCGCCCUACAGAUUGAGGGUGUCUAUGCCAGAGGGCCAAGCACUACCAAGGGAGGACACUGAGCAGGGUGGACAACAGGGGGGCUUGGCCAGCUCAUCCAUGAGAAGAGAAUGAGGAAAUGUGGAAACACCUCCAUCUUCCAGUGCUGUAAGGAGAUGGGGAACAGUAAGUGGGGGGCCAGGGAGGAGCACGAGCACCAGGUCUUCGUGGGCUGGAGAGUGAGACUGAGCAUCCUCUCUGGUGAUCUCUCCAGGCUACCAUCCCUCAGACUUUAGUGGGAUGUUCUGAGGCUCUUGCUCCGAGGUGGAUUUUGAAUCAGGAAGUCUGAGGCGGGACCUGAGACUCUGCAUUUCUGACAGCCCCUCCUCCACCAGGUGUGCCAAAGCUACUGGUCCAGGGCCACUCUUAGAAAACAGUAACCCGAAGCCUGCACAGGGCCCCAGCCAACACGAUCCCACUGGCAGAGCCCAAGGGGAGGCAGGAGCAUGGGCCAGAAAAUCUGCAGAGUUAAGAAAGUUCCAUCAAAGGGACCACGUGGAUUGGCCUCUCGCCCUGGAGACAAAUCUCAGCAACAAAUUCUCCAGGAGGACUUUCUCAUGGAUCCCUCUGGUUCAGACUUUACCCAUCUCAAAGGACCAGAGUCAAAUCACUCAUCUCUUCAGGGUAUUUGUUUUCUGUUUCAUUAGUGUGUGUCCUUGCCUUUAUUCCCUUUCUUCAUCUUUCUUUGGGUUUAUUUUUAUGUUAUCUUCCUAAUUUCCUUUUCUCUUCUUUCAUAAUAUAGUAUUGGGGGGGAGGGAGAAAUUAGGAGCCCCUCCCCUCCCCGUGCAGUUGGAUAUCUGCAUAUAACUUCUGAUUCCCCAAACCUGACCAGUAAUAGCCUACCGUGGACCAAAAGCCUUCCCGAUCACAUAAACCUGCAAUUAGCACAUAUUUUAUACGUUAUGUGUAUUAUAUGCUUUAUUCUUACAAGCAAAGUGAGCUAGAGGGGAAAAUGUUAUUAAGGAAAUAAUAAAGAAGAACAAAUACAUUUACUGUAUUAAUUGAAAAAAAAU